UUUCGUUUGGAAAUCAAAUCAAUUUGAAUUGUUAAUCCACACUUUCUGUGACUUUGACGGCCAGACGAUAAUUGAAUAGCGUCAGGUACGGACAUGUCAAUAGCGGCGGCGUACAAGGAUCACGAAAUAUUUGUGACCGGCGGCACAGGAUUCCUGGGCAAGGCAUUGAUUGAGAAGCUGCUGCGCUCGUGUCACACGCUCGGCAAAAUUUAUGUCCUUCUGCGCCCAAAAAAAGGCCAAACGGUCGAGCAACGUCUCGAUGCGCUGCUCAAUUCGAAGCUAUACGAGCGAUUGCGCCGGGAGCAGCCGCAAGCGCUGAGCAAAGUGGUGCCGAUUUGUGGCAAUGUCAUGGAACUGGGUCUGGGCAUUAAGCCAAAGGAUCUGGAGCAGCUGCGUAAUGUUUCCAUUGUCUUCCAUUCGGCGGCCAGUGUGCGCUUUGACGACCCAUUGCACUCGGCCAUUUUGAUGAACACUCGCGGCACUCACGAGCUGAUCAAGCUGGCGCUCCAGUGGCCCUGUCUGAAGGCGUUUGUGCAUGUGUCCACCACAUACUCAAAUCCGCAUAUCACGGAGGUGGAGGAGCGCAUCUAUCCGCCCUAUGCCGAUUGGAAGACAACCAUUAAAAUGGCCGAAACCUAUGACGAGGAGACCCUGAACAUAUUUAACCUAAAGUAUGGAAACUUUCAACCGAAUACGUACACCUUCACCAAAAGUCUGGGAGAGCAUGUGGUCAAUGAUUAUAAGGACCAGUUGCCCAUUUUGAUAUUCAGGCCUUCGAUUGUGAUUUCCACCGUGGAGGAUCCUGUGCCGGGCUGGGCUGAUAAUUUCAAUGGACCGACUGGAAUGCUGGUGGCCUGCGGCUUGGGAAUAUUACGUUCGCAGUGCUGUGAUAAGAGCAUUAUUGCCGACUUUGUCCCCGUCGAUGUGGUAGUCCGGGGUAUGAUCAUCUCGGCCUACAAGUAUCUACAGAAGGCGCCUGUAGCGGGCGAUGAAAUUGAAGUUAUCAAUUGUGCGGCUGCUAAUAUUUCAUCCAUAAACAUGGGUGAAGUGAUUGACAUUGGACGCACCUAUAUACGGCAGAAUCCGUUCGAGAAGACGCUCUGGUUACCAGGGGGCAGUAUUACACUCUGUCCCGUAUUACAUUUUGUGCGCUUUUUUACACUGCACAUCAUGUUGGCCAUCGCUGUGGACACCCUGCUGCGUUUCACCAAAGAGAAGCCCUUCCUUCUGAAACUACAGCGCCGCAUCUUUGCUACAUUCCAGUUUUUGCAGUACUUUGCCCUCACAGAGUGGCAUUUCAGAAACGAUAAAUUCCAGGCGUUGCAUGACUUGGUUCCGAGUAAUGAAAUCUCGACCUUUGGUUUUAUGCAGCACUCCAAUAUCGACUACGUUAAAUUCUUUCGCAAUGGCAUUCGUGGAGCCAAGGAGUAUCUAUUGAAGGAGCCCCCUGAUAGCAGUCGUGGCGCCCGUUUUCGUGUAAAAAUAUUCUUUGUUCUGGAUACUACAUUCCGAUUCUUGCUGUAUGGCUUACUGCUUCGAUUGCUGUACAAAUUCUUUAUACGGGCUUACUUUAUUUAGAUAAUUUCUGUUGUUGUUGCUGUUACUAAAAAUGUAAUAGCUAACCAUUUUUUUUCUAGUUUUAUAAACAUUUUAUUUGAUUUGACUUUGGCUAAGGUAAAA